ACACUGGCGCUGGGCUCUGCCCCAGCCAACCCUGCCGUCUUUGCCCACAGGCUCCUGCUGCUGCUUCAGAGCUGCGCGAGCUACUUGGAGAACCUUGGCUUGGAGCAGACGGUGCCCCCCGUCAGGGCUGCCAGGCCCUGCAUGUCCGUGGGGCUCACGGUGCGGCGCUUCUGGAACAGCCUGCUGAGGCUGGUCAUGCUCAUUCGGCAGGUGGCCCCCCAGAAAAGGGCAAACCAAGGGGAGACCCCCACCUCCAAGCCCACAGCCAAGGGCGAGCCAGCCAGGAGCCCUGAAAUUGUGACCACCAAGCUCAUCAAGCCCACCUCCCCAAUGCCAGGCUUGCCCCAGAACUGCCAAGAGCUGGACAGACUCCCUGUCAGCGUCUCCCUGCAGUGUCCAGCCAGGACAGCCGAAAACACCAGGAGUGUCCACUCCCAGACCAUGGAGACAGCCCUGGUGCCCUGUGAUGCAUGCACCAGUGUCCAGGGCAGCCUGUGGGAGGUGGGCAAGAUGGUCAUCAGCCUGUGUCAGAGCCAGAACUUGCCCUCGUCCUUAGGCCAGUUCCAGCAUCUGGUGCAGGACAGCAUGGGGCUCAGGCCGCUGCCGGCCACCACUGUGGGCCACUGGGUGGCCGAGCAGAGCAAAGACCUGACACGCCUCAGCAAGCACAUGGGGGCCCUCACUCAGCUUGUGGGGCCCCUCAGGGCCCAGCUGGAGGAGGCUAAGGGGCAGAAGGACAGACUGAGGAAGCAGGUGGGCGAGCUGGAGCAGGCCCUGCAGCAGGAGCAGGGGGCACAGCGGCGGCAGGUGGAUGAGGCCGAGCAGCGCCUGGCCCAGUGGGAGCGCGACAGGCGGCAGCUGCUUGCAGAAACAAGUGACCUCAAGACAAAGGUGUCCACCCUGGAGGGGGAGCUGAAGCAGCAGCGGGAGUCCACGCGGGCCGUGGAGACGAAGGCCCAGGAGCUGCAAGAGGAGGCUGAGCACAGGGCGGAGGCUGAGAGGCAGGUGCAGCAGCUGGAAGAGCAGGUGCAGCUGCUGGCAGGGCAGCUGGACCGAGCCAGCCAGCAGAUCCGCUGGGCCAGCACAGAGCUGGACAAGGAGAAGGCCCGUGUCGACAGCAUGGUCCGCCACCAGGAGUCCCUGCAGGCCAAACAGCGAGCCCUGCUACAGCAGCUGGACACCCUGGACCAGGAGCGUGAGGAGCUGAGGGGCAGUUUGGACGAGGCCGAGGCCCAGCGGGUCCACGUGGAGGAGCAGCUGCAGCAUGUGCAGAGCGAGAGGGAGCAGGGGCGGUGCCAGCUCCGGGCCCAGCAGGAGCUGCUGCAGAGCCUGCAGCGAGAGAAGCAAGGCCUGGAGCAGGCAACAAGGGAUCUGCAGCUGACCAUCUUGGAGCGAGAACGCGAGCUCGUGGAGUUGAGGGAGCGGGAGAGGCUGCUGGUGGCCUUUCCGGACCUGCACAGGCCUGUGGAAGCCCAGAUCCAGAGCUCUGGCAACGUCACGGACGACAUGGAGAGGCAGGUGCAGGCCAACGACAUCCGUAUCCGGGUCCUACAGGAGGAGAACGGGCGGCUGCGAUUCAUGCUGUCUAAGAUCCGGGAGGUGGCCCAGCAGGGGGGCCUCAAGCUGAUCCCACAGGACCAGCUCUGGGCCCCUCCCAGCAAGGGAAUCCAUGGAGCAGCGCCCCCAGCCCAGGCCCAGAGAGCAUCUCCAGGGCCCCUGGGCAGGCGGCACUCACCUGGCAGCAGGACGGCCAGUGCGGGCAGGACCCUGCUGGGCCAGCCCCAGGCCUCCCCGCCUCAGCAGCCCUGCAGUCGAUCCAGCAAGUCCUCCCUGGAGGAUGUGACCCACUCGACCAACUGUGCCCAGAACCCCAUCCGGGCCUUGGCCAGGCUGAGAAGGAGACUGUCACCAACCCGGGGCCAGGCCGGCCCUGCAUACCAGCCCCAGGAGCGGCCCACGUAGACUGCAGUGGGGUGGGGCUGGAGGGCGGGAAGCUGGCAACCCACACCAUGUAAUAAAGCCCAGGCCAUCUGCUCACAGCGACCUUGGCCACACCACACUGGCUCAGCAGGGCAAGAGUCCUUCCUUCUCUGUCCUGAGUCCCCAGCCAUGUGGGUCAUUGGCCAGCAGAGACCUGGCACACUGUGCACCCUCAGCAAAUGGGAGCUUCCUGCCUCCCUCCUGAGAGGGGCAGUGGGGGAAGAGGACACACCAAGGGCAGAAAGAAGCUUCUAGCACCUGGGCGAUGUGAAAGGCAAUCAUUUGAUCCCCAUAGCAAAGACUAAGGGGUAACAUGGACUCAGUGACCCCCACCAAUAAAGAGCAGGGUCAGGGUAGGGGGUGCGCAGGGGAAGGAGAGCAGCCGCCACGGUGGGCCCAGCGAGGACACGUGAGGCAAGGGAGGAGUCAGAGGCCAGGGUCCUAGCUCAGGCUCACAGAGGCAGGCAGGGACCACCCAGCUGUGAACCUGGGGAUGGGGACAUUAAGGAUCCAAGAAAAUCAGCCCUCCUUUAACUGCGGAACGCCUCACCUUCAGGAAACACAAGUCAGAAAGGGUUUCUCUAAAUCCAGGAGGUUGGAUCCCCAGGCCACUGAAGGCAGGGCAAGGCUUCACCCAGCGAGAGAGGACACCCCAAGCCAGCCCUGGCUUUCCCAGGCCUGUCCCUUGGGGCCAGGGCACUGAUGCCACCAGCCACGCCAGGCCUGCAGUAGUCCAGUUUUCCUCACAAAGCCUCCAGCCUGUCCUGAGCCACCCCACCUGUGAAGGACAGGCGCUAAGACCUUGCUGAGGAGUUCUGGGUGUGAGGGUGGGUUGGGGGAUGCUCUUGGCUUUCUAUGACAGUUUUCCCUGGUCAGGAGGCCAACAAGUAGAGCACCUCAGUUUACAGAGAAAAGUCAAGAAGAGCUAUGUGUGUAGCUGAACUGGCAUGGCCACAGGCUGCCCAACUCUUGCUUCUGUGGAGCCCACGGGCUCACUGAGGGAGCCUGGGCUGUCUGGACUGGGCCCCUCACAGGUGAGAGCCAGCCCUCAGGUGUGCUCCCUGAGGCAGAGGGCCCAGGCCCAAGUGCAGGGUGAGGACCUGUCACAGCCCGGCUCCUCUCUGCAUCCAUUCAGUAGCUCACAGUUCUGUAGGUCAGACGUCCGGGCCCUGUGUGGGUGGGUUCUCUGCUCAGGGCCUUACAAGGCUGAAAUCAAAGCAUCUGCCAGGGGCUUCCCUGGUGGCGCAGUGGUUAAGAAUCCGCCUGCCAAUGCAGAGGAUACGGGUUCAAGCCCUGGUCCGGGAAGAUCCCACAUGCCGCGGAGCAACUAAGCCCGUGUGCCACAACUACUGAGCCUGUGCUCUAGAGCCCAAGAGCCACAACCACUGAAGCCUGCGUGCCACAACUACCGAAGCCUGUGCACCCAGAGCCCGUGCUCCGCAAUGAGAAGCCACCGCAGUGAGAAGCCCGCGCACCACAACAAAGAGUAGCCCCCGCUCGCCGCAACUAGAGAAAGCCCGCGCACAGCAACCCAA